CCUACACUGCUUUGCUUUUGUGAGUAUACGCUUGAUGAAAUAUGUAUAAACUGGCCAUACCGAUUUGAACACUACUACUUAUCUGUCCGUAUACCUACACUGAGAGACACCACCCACACCUGCUGCCGAGUAGUAUACAGUGACGUCUAUCGCUCUAUCGAUAGCAGAGCACAAUGAACUCAAUACCUCCCUCCAACCAGGCAACAGUCGUAUCACGCCUUGAAUCUCUUCCGGUCGAGAUCAUCCAGACGAUCUUCCUACACAGCCUGGAGAUCAACCUCCCGCGCGCCUCUCCCCGGCUUGGAGAAGCGCUCUCCUCAGCCACGAUAUACAUCUGGCUCAUCCGGCUGGCCUUCAGCAGCACCAACGCGGGGGUCGACAGGGACUUUUUCACGAAAGAGUUCCUCCCCUACCCACUGGACUUGAAAUUGGGUCUCUCGCCCGUCCAGCGUCGCGACCUGCAGACGACUCUGCUCGCGUGCCGAUGGUGUACGCUCCCGCUGAUGCGACGAUGCCAGCGCGAGUACCUAUUGCACACGCUGCGCCAGAAAUGCCGGCCGGGAGUGGAUUUUGUGUACUACAGACCGGAGGACGAAGCCACCCUGCACUCGCUCUUGAAUGAGGAGGACAGCAGCAGCAGCAGCCUACUCUCGAGCAUCACCACUGGCCAGACCAUCGCCACCAACCCAGGAAAAGGCGACCUCAUCCUCCUCGCCCACCCCGCAACCUCCACCACCACUAAAACACACCCCCACAAACUCGCCCUCUACCCCCAAAACGGCGCCCUCCAAAUCCGCUCCCCCAACGACAUCUACACCUCCACCCACCCCUUCUCCCCCACCUCCUCCGCGCACCCCACCACCUACCGCCUCCCCAGCUGCGUCACCCCGAGCGGAACCGGGCCCCUCCACGCGCGCAUCCCCGACAAACUCCUCCACCCGCCGUUCACCCCAUCGAAACUCGAAUUUCUGCAGUUGUUGUGCAGCGCAGACGCCUACAUCGACGAGACCCCGGCGCACGACCGCUCGCGGCGCGCGCUGCGGCAGACGAUUCGGGACCGGGAGUUUGGGGCGUUCUGUACCCUGUUGCAGAUGCAGGUACGGGUGCCGUGGUAUGGGUUUCCCGUGCCGUGGCCGGUCUCGGGCAACCAUCUGUGCGCGGCGGUGAAGUAUGCAGACCCGACGGGGGUGGGGGAGGAUGGGUUCGUGAGGGUGUUGGUUAGGGAGAGGUGGGGGGAUUUGUGGGGGGAGGAGGAGAAGGGAAAGGCCAGGGAGUUACUUCUUCAGAUGGGGUUUGUGGGGGAGGAGGAGGGUUGA